AAACCAACUUUUUUUAAUUUCAGAUUCUUCAAGUCAGCUUCAGGAGAAAUAAAAGUUGCCUUGUGUAUGUGCAUAUGAAAGUUGUUUAUCUCAUCAAAUCAUAAUGAAACCUUUGAUGCUGCACGGUCAUGAGCGUUCCAUCACGAAGAUCAAGUAUAACCGAGAGGGGGAUCUUCUCUUCUCGGCCUCAAAAGACAAAAGCCCAAAUGUGUGGUAUUCCUCAAAUGGAGAGCGAUUAGGGACAUACGAUGGACACACGGGGACUGUGUGGACAUUUGAUGUGGACUGGAGGACCCAAUAUCUCCUCACAGGGUCCUCUGAUAAUACUCUUCGCAUGUGGGAUGUUGAAACCGGCAAAUGUCUUGGGAUGGCCGAGACAGAGACUGCAGUCAGGACGUGUGCAUUCAGCUUUGGAGGCAACACAGCCAUCUAUACUACUGAUGAAACCAUGGGGAAACCGUGUGAACUUAUUUUCAUUGACAUCAGGGGGAAUAUAGGGGAGGAGGAUGCAAUCUUUAGAAUUCCUGUGGCUGGCAGCGCAGAAACCAGUGCACCCAAAGUCACUGCAUCAGUAUGGGGCACUCUUGACAACUUCGUCAUCACUGGUCAUGCCAAUGGAGAUCUUGUACAAUGGGACAUGAAGAUGGGGAGGCGAUUGGACGUGACGAGCGAGCACGGGGCGGAGAUCCGAGAUAUGCAGACGAGUGCGGACGGGACCAUGUUCAUCACGGCGUCCAAGGACAAAUACGCUCGCCUCUUCGACACCGAUUCCGUGACCCUACUCAAGAGUUUCAAGACCGAGAGACCAGUGAACUCGGCUGCCAUCUCCCCCAACAACGAGCACGUGGUCUUGGGCGGAGGGCAAGAGGCGAUGGAGGUCACCCAGACGAGCAGUCGAGUGGGGAAAUUCGAAGCCCGCUUCUUCCACCUGGUGUUCGAGGAAGAAUUCGGAAGGGUGAAGGGUCAUUUCGGUCCCAUCAACAGCUUGGCUUUCCAACCCGACGGCACGGGAUACAGCAGCGGGGGCGAGGACGGCUACGUCCGCGUCCACAACUUCGAUCGCUCCUAUCUCGAUUUCAAGUUCGAUUAUUGAUCGUAAUAAAAUCUGCUAUUUCCCGUCA